AUGGCCGAAGCAUAUGGACUUUCGUCAGGAGCUUUGAAAGGAAUUCUUUCAAAAACGGAAAGACAAUCGUUCGAAGGAAAACCAAUUACAGUUCAGGUCACUAAUAUUAAAAUAAUCGAUCAAUCACUCGAAAAUGGUAACGGUGAUUCAGCAGUCAAAUAUCGGGUUUUGCUUAAUGAUGGAGCGUAUUCGUUACAUGGAUUGAUUACCAGUGAAUGUAUUCCUUAUUGUGAAGCUAAUGGAUUUAAAAAAACAUCGGUCAUAAUUAUUAAAGAUUACAGCUUGGUCACCACUCAGAAACAUAUUAUGAUUAUUAAUAACUUGGAAGUGAAGUUUCAAACAAGUAACAAAUCCACAAAUACAUUGAUUUCAUGUGAUUCGUAUUAUGCUGAGCACCCUGAAGACGAUUAUUUAGAGUUGGCUAAUAAGAGCCAGAAGUUAGAAUCUGCAGAGUUAAACCAAGCCAAAGCACCUCAACAACAGCAACAACAACCUCAAAAGGCAAGCACUUUUCAACAAAGACACGUAAAUGCUAUUGAACAAUUGUCGCCAUAUCAAAAUCAAUGGGUCAUUAAGGCCAGAGUUUCUUACAAAGGCGAUAUUAGAAAGUGGUCUAACGCGCGUGGUGAAGGUAAAUUAUUCAAUGUCAAUUUCUUGGAUGAAUCUGAUGAAAUCAGGGCCACGGCUUUCAAUGAUUUGGCAGAAAAGUUUUACCAGGAAUUGGAGGAAGGCAAAGUUUACUAUAUCAGCAAAGCCAGAAUUCAACAAGCCAAACCACAAUUUUCUCAUUUGAGCCAUCCUUAUGAAUUGGCGUUGGAUAGAGAUACAAAUGUGGAAGAAUGCUUUGAUACCACUGAUGUGCCAAAGAUUCAUUUCAACUUUACCAAAUUAAACCAAAUUGAAAGCUGUGAGCCAAACUCAAUCAUUGACGUAAUAGGUGUUUUGAAGGAAGUAAAUCCAGUUUUCCAAAUUACUGCUAAAUCUACAGGAAAGCCAUUUGAUAGAAGAAAUAUCACCAUUGUGGACGAUUCCAACUUUGCAAUUACAGUUGGGUUAUGGAAUAAUACAGCCGUUGAUUUCGACACAAGUGAAGGUUCAGUUAUUGCUUUCAAGGGUUGCAAAAUCCAAGACUUUGCUGGAAGAUCAUUGACAUUGACCCAUGCCGGAUCGAUGAUGGCGAAUCCUGACACAGCUGAGGCAUACCAGUUAAAGGGAUGGUUUGAUAAUCAAGGUGUAAAUGAAAAUUUCAAAACUUUAAAGAACGAGAACAGCUCGAACCAAAAUUUAAUUAAUAAUAGAAAGUCUAUAUUACAAGCUCAAGAAGAAAACUUAGGUAUGAGUGAAAAGCCAGAUUUCUUCAACAUCAAGGCAACUGUCAAUUUCUUCAAAACAGAAAAUUUUUGCUACCCAGCUUGUAACAAUUCAUUACAAUCUAGUUCUCAACAACCAUCUACAACAUGCAAUAGGAAAGUGGUUGAGCAACCCGAUGGAACCUGGAGAUGUGAAAAAUGUGAUAUAAAUUUCAACGAGCCUCAUUAUAGAUAUAUUUUAAACUGUUCCGUUAUGGACUCUUCUGGGCAAUUGUGGAUGACUUUAUUUGACCAAGAGGCUAAUAAGCUAUUCGGAAAGACUGCAGGUGAAUUGUUAACUUUGAGGGAACAACAAACUAACAAUGAAAAUAAUGUAUUUCAAGAUUUAAUCAAUGAUAUUACCAUGAAAGAAUUCAACUUUAGGUUAAAGGCUAGACAGGAUUCUUACAAUGGUGUUGUAAGAGUAAGAUACCAAGCGAUGACUAUCAAUGAUGUUGACUUUAAUGCCGAAUGUGAACAUUUAUGUUCAGAAUUAGAUUCCAUGUUGCAUUAG